GCUAACCCUGCAGACGACAAGUGGGCUGCUCUCGAAUUCUCUAGAAUUUCCCUGUUUGUUCUCGAUGAUCGCGAAGUGGUAUAAAAGCCGACGCAGCUGUGUGGACGUCAGUUUGAUAGAAUUUUGAGCGCGAGCAGUUUCUCUGUGUUCAUUCAUUUCGUUUCGCGAUAAAUACUGGAUAUUUGUUCCGUGUUGGUGAUUUGAGUGUCAAUUUUCUAUAGGAACAGUUAAAUUUGUUUAUUAUGUCAUCGCCACUUGUAGAUUGUGUACGGGAUAUUCCUCUGAUUGUGGAAAGGGAUUAUCCUAUGGAAAACGAAACUAGUGGAUUUCCAUUCGACGACGACCGUGACGAGAACGACGCCACCUUCCGAUCACAAUUGGAUGACAUAGCAGCCAGACAUCCUCAAUUUGCCCACCAUUUAGGCACCUUCCCCUUCAGAACUCCCAGUCGUACAAGGACACAUAUUCCUGAAGAGUUCACGCAACAUUACACAGACAGACCUUUCGGCGACCGUUUCGAAAGGUUCGGUUUCCCGUUUGACGAUCCUCUUGGUGAAGAAGAUCACAAACCUUAUUAUCAGAGAUAUCCUCAAUACUAUCCUCAGGAUCAACGACAACAAGACAACCAAGGUGAAUCAAGUUGCAGCGGUCAAGAAUCCCAAAAUACAAACAGUGAAGCGCAUGAGGAAAGUGUAGAUCAGGAGGAUACUGGACGUGGCCGUAAACUCAAGAACAUCCAGCAAAGUAAUACCGUAGACUUAGGUCAAAGACAGGAACCCGUUAAUGACCGAAAUCAAAGGUCAAUGUCGGCACCACCUUCCAAUAAUCGGCCAAGAUUUGUAAGCAGUAUCAAUAUACCAGUAAAUCAACCAACAGAAGAUCCUAACACUGUACCAAACAUGUCUCAGGCUUCUGCACCUCCACAGCCUCAAGAAAGGGUUAUACCAAUACAUGUUGAAGGUAGGGAUGAGCCUAUAAUUCCAAAAAGAUCUACUCCAGCUACUAGUCAACCACAGGCGAAUCCACAAUCCUCUCAACCUUACACAGAUAAAUUUUUCACACCAAAAUCUCCGAAUUUCCCACAGUACUUCAAUAGAGAUCAAAAUUAUUGGAUUCCAAAGAACUUUCAAAACAAGCAACCUCAACCACAAACGGGUUUCAGUCAAAAUCAAAGAGGUAAAUCACCGCAACCUCAACCAAAGCCAGAGGCAACACCACAACCAACUAAUAUACCUGAACAACCCGAAACUCAACCGAAAAAUGUUUCUUCCAAACCAGACCCGAUUGAUCACAUCAAAUCUAUCCAGAAAGACGUUUCUGCAUUGAUGGCAGAAGUAGAUAAGUUUGAUGGAAAGCCUAAAGAUAAAAAAUAUCUGUACUUGGAUGAAAUGCUUACAAGGAAUCUCAUAAAACUGGAUAAUAUUGAUACCCAAGGUCAAGAAAACAUUCGUUCAGCCAGGAAAGAGGCUAUCAGAUGUAUUGAAAAAUGUAUUAGUAUCUUAGAGAGUAAGGCUAAUUCUAAUGUUGAAAAAAAGCAUGAUAAUGUUGAAGAAUCGAAAUCUAAAGAAAUGGAAGUAGAAACGACUGAAGAAAAAGAAGAUACUGAAAAAAGUGAAAUUAGUAAUGUACAAAAUAUUCAAGAAUGUAAGGAAAAAGAAGAAGAAAGCGGCAAUUCUCCUAAAGAACAAAUGGAGGUGGAUACAGAACGAAUUGAAAAAGAUGCUGAAUCCGUUGGGCAAUCUACUGUAAAAGAAAAUACGGUAGUUCCAGAGGAGAAAAUGGAAACAGCAGAAUUGAAUAAAAAUAAUCAAGAAAACAAAGAAACAUCAAAUGAAAUUAAUGAACAUCUAGAUGGACAAGAAAAGAAUGAUAGUAACAUUCAACAAGAAACAAAAUCUGAAUCUUCCAAUACAGAACUUGGAAGGACUACGGAACAUAAGGAUCAGGCCGAUAAGGAGAAAAAGAAAACUAAGAAGAAAGCAUAAUAUUUAGUUGCAUUCUACAAGAUGAUUCAUCUUGGUCAGUAAAAAUGAUUUGAGUUUUUUGCUAAGUCAAGCCUAUUUGACUGAUUGGAAAUUUUAUUUUACCGUCCUUGUUUUUAUUUAUUGUAAAUAAUAAGAAUUGUGCUAUGCAUGAUUUUGAUAAAAUUUUUUAGAAUUCUUUGUCAGAAUUCUGAUGUAACCUAACAUGCAGCGACUAAUCAAAAUGUGUAUUUUUUCUUCAGUUUUGAUUAUACUCUUAGUAUAAUGAGGCGAAUGAGCACUAGAUAAAAUUAGGUCUGAAACUCGUAAUUUCCACCUCGGAGUUCCAUUGUUCAAUUACAUGUUGUAUUGUCACUUGCUUGUGUGUAUAGUGUCAGUUCAAUAUUUUGUUAUUGUUUCUUUAGUAAAUAAAAAAUGAAAUUUUCCUAAA